GUGUUGCUUUACGGCGCUUUCGCGACGGCGCGGGGCGGUGUUGCUUUACGGCAGCGCGGCGGGCCAGGCCGCGGGAUCCGCCGGGAUGAAGCAGAAAAGGAAAAAUGGGAAAGGGGAGCUCAGCCAGGCCGAGCUGAUGGUGAUGACCAUCGCCGACAUCAUCCAGCAGCUGCUGGAGGCUCACGAGCAGGGCAGAGCCGUGGACCUCAACAGGCUGAAGACCAAAACCUCGGCCAAGUACGGGCUGCCGGCGCAGCCGCGGCUCGUCGACAUCAUCGCCGCCGUCCCGCCGCAGUUCCGGAAGGUUCUGCUCCCAAAGCUCAAGGCCAAGCCCAUCAGGACGGCCAGUGGGAUCGCCGUGGUGGCCGUGAUGUGCAAACCCCACCGGUGCCCCCACAUCAACUUCACGGGCAACAUCUGCGUGUACUGCCCAGGAGGGCCUGACUCUGAUUUUGAAUAUUCCACCCAGUCCUACACUGGAUACGAGCCAACGUCCAUGAGGGCCAUCCGGGCUCGGUACGAUCCCUACCUCCAGACGAGGCACAGAGUGGAGCAGCUGAAGCAGCUGGGCCACAGCGUGGACAAAGUGGAAUUUAUCAUCAUGGGCGGAACCUUCAUGGCUUUGCCCGAGGAUUACAGGGAUUAUUUCAUCAGGAACCUUCACGACGCCUUGUCGGGUCACACUUCCAACAACGUCGCCGAGGCCGUCAGGUACUCGGAGCGGAGCCUGACCAAGUGCGUGGGGAUCACGAUCGAGACGCGGCCGGAUUUCUGCCUGCGGCCGCACCUCAGCUCCAUGCUCUCCUACGGCUGCACCCGCCUGGAGAUCGGCGUCCAGAGCGUCUACGAGGACGUGGCCAGGGACACCAACAGGGGUCACACCGUCAAGGCCGUGUGCGAGUCCUUCCACCUGGCCAAGGACGCCGGGUUUAAGGUGGUCGCCCACAUGAUGCCCGACCUUCCCAACAUGGGGCUGGAGCGGGACAUGGAUCAGUUUUAUGAGUUUUUCGAGAACCCCGCCUUCCGCCCCGACGGGAUGAAGCUCUACCCCACGCUGGUGAUCCGCGGCACCGGGCUCUAUGAGCUCUGGAAAACCGGGAGAUACCGGAGCUACCCCCCCAGCACCCUGGUGGAUCUGGUGGCCAGGAUCCUGGCCCUGGUGCCGCCGUGGACGCGCGUGUACCGCGUCCAGAGGGAUAUCCCGAUGCCUCUGGUCAGCUCCGGGGUGGAGCACGGGAACCUGCGGGAGCUGGCCCUGGCCAGGAUGAAGGACCUCGGGACGCAGUGCCGCGACGUGAGGACGAGAGAGGUCGGAAUUCAGGAGAUCCACCACAAAGUGAGGCCCUACCAGGUGGAGCUGAUCCGUCGGGAUUACGUGGCCAACGGGGGCUGGGAGACGUUCCUGUCCUACGAGGAUCCGGAGCAGGACAUCCUGGUGGGGCUCCUGCGCCUGCGGAAGAGCUCCCCGGAGUCCUUCCGGCCGGAGCUGAAGGGCGGCGUCUCCGUGGUGCGGGAAUUGCACGUCUACGGCAGCGUGGUGCCCGUCAGCAGCCGCGAUCCCUCCAAAUUCCAGCACCAGGGGUUCGGAAUGUUGCUGAUGGAGGAGGCGGAAAGGAUCGCCAGGGAGGAGCACGGGGCGCGGAAAAUUGCCGUGAUUUCAGGUCUUUCCUUCUACACCCGGGUGCUGGAAAACUGCGAGGACGAGGCCAGGUUUGAGGAGACUUUCCGCUGGCCGGUGGCGACCGAGAUCGACGGGAACGAGAUCCUGGAGAUCCAGGUGUUCAACUACAGCAAGGUCUUCGCCAACAGGGGCGUCGGAUCGGAUUGCGCCCAGGGAAACUGUGGCUGGUGUGGGAAUUCCCCAUCCUUGGAAGCGUCCAAGGGAAAUGUGGAUGAGGCUCGGAGCCACCCGGGAUAG